AUGAAGGAGAGGCAUCCAGGUUAUUGGUGUGCGGACUAUCGAAGCUCGACUGUUUCCAGCGACGAUGACUCUGUAGGCAUGGUAGGGAGACAGAGACCACGUAACUCUUGUCUGAACAAUUCCUCCAAAGAAGAACCGUAUUCGUGUUUACGAGAUAAUCACUUCUUGGAAACUAGUGGUGCCGGUACAUUCAAUGAUACCGGUAACAGUUCGGUAAGUGAAGGGUUAGAGUUCCUAGGGAAAGCCAUUGAAGCUGUUAAAUGGAACCACGCAACUUUACUGUUCCCGGACGAUAAAGCUUCCAUAGCCUAUAGAAUUGCCGAUUUGUUGGGGGACUUGUAUGUGCAGACGUCACAUCGGACGAUUGACCCCACCGAGGAAUUUAUAGAAUCACUAUGGCAACACAGAGAUCCAAAUGUACACGCUGUUGUCAUUGGAAACCAUUCCUUUACUCGAGCUGUCCUGGAAAAGGCAACAGCCUUUGAUACACAACCAGAGAACAUCCGUAGGACCACACUGUAUGCGAUGUCGUACUGGAUCGUGUUCUCAGUGGAGGAGGAUUCUAUAAACGUAGAAAACAACACGGGCUAUUGCUCAGAUGUAUCCAUGGACAAUGUUUUACUCAUACAGAAAACUGAGGAAGAAAGAUAUACUUUGUCGGCCCUGAUGUGGCGGGAAAACAACACGAGAGAGUUUGAGAAACUUGAUAUUGAUUGGGAUUGUUUUGGGAAAAUAAAACUAGAUCUUUUUCCCAAUGCCAAGUUUGGCUUCAACGGGAGACAACUCCUAACUACUGCUAUCCAGUACAAGGGUUAUGUGGAACUUGCUAAGGAGGAUGGAAAUCUUGUAAUAGCAGGAGGCGUGUGUGGAGAUAUCGUACGAAUUCUCCGCAAUAAACUCAAUUUUACUUAUCGAGUUAUCCCCCCGGAAGACGGACAGUGGGGGAUUCUGAAGGAGGACGGGAACUGGACGGGGAUGAUCGGAAUGCUUCACAGAAGAGAGGUUGACAUUGCUAUGGUACCACUAACUGUACAAGAAGAUCGUAAAAAAGUGGUGGACUUCACCAUUCCUUUCUUCUAUUCAAACUUCGCAUUCAUGAUGCGCAUGCCCGACCCUAAAACGGUCAAAUGGAGAAUUUACUUGGACAUGUUCACCACACCUGUUUUGUACGCCAUAUCAACCGCUCUAAUUUUGUCCAGUUUAUUACUGUAUGCAAUGGAACGAUUCAAUUGGAACUGGACUGGAAGAAAACCCGAAGAGAAAAGAGACCUGGUUGAUAUGUUUGAGUAUAUUUAUGGAGCAUUAGUGCUUCAAGCGGGCCACAGACUACCGUCAUCUACGAGUGGACGAGUGUUCACGUGUAUUUUCUGGGUGUCGUGUGUAUCCCUAGCCGCGGUGUACUGCGGAAGUCUUGUAGCUAGCAUGGCAUUGGCUCGCAGGGAGAAAAUACACUUCCAAACUCUAGACGAACUGCUUGCGCAAUCCGAGUACAAAUGGGGCUAUAUUGCGGGUACUUACUUGGAUUCGGUGCUUCGGAAAUCUAAAAUCGGAACUUACCAGAAAAUUUACAAUGGGGCACAAGAAUUUGCCAGGGAAGAUCCUGACGUGCUAUCCAUUAGUGAUAAGGUUCACUUCCGGAAGUUAAGGACAGAGAAGUACGUCUUCAUCUCGCCCCUCCCCCAUCUUCAGACCCUCAGUUUCUCCGACUGUCGGUCCCUGAUCUCUACAGAGCGCUUUGUGGAGGAUAACAGCGCGUUUGGUGUUCCCGAGGACUCGCCUUUCAAAGAGAUAUUUUCUCUGAAAUUAGCUCAGCUACAAGACAGUGGAAUACUGGGAAGUAUUCAUCAGAAAUACAAGCUUCAGAAUAACUGUAGUGAUGUCAGUCAGCUACUGAGUCAACACACGAUCAAGCCGGACGACGUACAGACCGCCUUCUUCAUUCUGAUAGCGGGAAUUCUCACCGCCAGCGCCGUGUUGUGUUGUGAAUGUGCCCUGUCAUGGUGCAGAAUGACAGUGGCAGCAAGGGAUCACUUAUUAUAGUGAACAUUUCCUUAA